AAAAAUAUUGACGUAUGACGAUUUUAUGACAGUUCUUUGCACAUGGACAUUUUUGCCACAUUUGGUGUCCAGAGGGUGCAAAAUUCAUCACAAGUGUAUAAAAUGACAUGUGAGAGUAAAAGACUCAAAAAGUUGGCCACAACCUGUAACACAGACAAAAUGAUCACCAAAUGAAAAAAAAAAAAAAGUUGAAAAAAAAAAUGUACAUAAAUGCCCGAGGAGGGCAGAAGGGUUAAGGGAUCAUGUGAUGGAGGAGACAAAUGCGCGCUCACGCACACACACUCGUCGUCAUUCAGCCCACACCUGUCCUGCAGCGGGACGCACAGACAGCAGCGGACAACUCGGGUCCCGCAGGAUCGAUCUCUCUCUCUCUCUCUCUCUCUCUCUCUCUCUCUCUCUCUCUCUCUCCCUCCCUCCCUCCCUCUCUCUCUCUCUCUCUGUCAGUGUCUCCAGACAUGAGGACCGCUGCAAUCGGGACUGCGCCACUAUGCCACGGGAUAUAACCGAGGAUCCGAGGGAGGUUCUCCGCAGAGAACAGCCAAGUGCGUGUGGAUAAUAAUUACGGCACGGGGGACGCCAACAGUUUGCUCUGUACACUCACGUCCAUGAUCGGGAGGGCGAGCAAACUCUGCAAAGAUGGAAAAACUCGGUGGAGGCAAGAGACGACGACUACCCAGCAUCACCUGAGGAGCUGGAAGGUGAUGCUUUGGGUGGUGGCAUCGUUGCUGAUGCUGGUGGAAGAUGUGUUUUCUGAGAGGGUCAAUAAAGAGGCUCAGUCAGACCUCCAGCGUGUCCUCAGACAGUCCUCCUGGUCUCCAGCUGAGGAUCCAGAACGGGAUGACAGUGUCCACACAUCCUGGCCGAAUGCCUUGGAAGAGUGGUUACAGAUCCAGGAAGAGGAAAUCCAGCAGGCCAGGUGGAGGCGCUCCCCUCACAACGCAAAGUUGUCCAGAACGUCAAGGAGGAACCGCAAGAAGGUCAAGACCAGCCGCGAUUGCAACCUGGAGAAGAAGCAGAUGCGAGUGAGGGAUCUCGGCCUCGGCUAUGACUCUGACGAGAUAAUCCUCUUCAAGUACUGCGUUGGCACUUGUCACAGCUCCCGAAAGAAUUAUGACCUGGCCCUCAAGGCUCUGAUGGACAACGGGAGCAUCUCCAACAAAAAGGUCAGCAGUCAGCCGUGUUGUCGGCCCAUCCGCUAUGAGACGGUGUCCUUCAUGGACACCCAGACUACAUGGCAGACUAUUAAGUGGCUCUCGGCAGCCAAUUGCAGCUGUGUGGGCUGAUCACGAGGAAUGUGUGUCUAUAAACACGGGGUGUGCUUAUGUGACAGGGCAGGAUGCUCCGAGGUGCGUGCGUCUUAAUACGUGGUAGCUGUUGUUCUUGUGGUCUCAAGAGCCUGGGAUGGAAUCCAAAGUGCAAUGGCCUGAGCUUUUACUCCACUAAUGGCCGGGAUGCUGUCAAAGUACUGACAUCUUGAUAUCAGCUAGCAGUCUGUGGCAGCGGAAAGGUUUGUUUAAUCGCCAGCACCUACAGCGUAAUGGAGGAAUCUACUAGUACCAGCCCUGAUCGCGGUGAAGUAGGCCUUCAUUCGGCACAUCGAAGGCUUUCAGUGUCGAGCAGCUACACGGCAGGUCCUUAGGUUCUGUGCUGUACCUGCCUCCGGCUCAGCUAGCUCACCAAAAUCCUUCAUCUUCAAUUGUUUUCUUCUGUGUUCUUUCUGAAUGGGAACUGCUGACUUUCUGAUUUAGCUAGCGGGUCAUUAGUCCCCAAGUACAGGGCAGCAUUCAAAGAGGCUGAAUAUACACAGACUUCAGCAGAUGUAAACAGUAACUUAAUUUGUGUUCACAUAUUGUUAAUUUGUGCCAAUUAACAAACAGAAUGGGGACAUUGAUAUUGAUUAGCAUGUUAGCUUUUAGGAAAGAGGUCUUUAAAGUCAAAAUGCGAUGUCCAAAAUGAGAAUAACACUAAAUUAGGCACCCCUGGAUUACCUUUUUGUUACUAUGACAACAGUGUUCCCGAGAAACUGUGCAUCAUUUUGACGAGUGGAGCAUUCAGUGGACCAACAUAUUAACUUGAUGAUGCUUGUCAUUUUUGUUACAAAUUUAAUAUGAAGGUGCAACUUUACAAAUUUGGUCACAAAUGAUCUUUUUUUCGAUGAAAGAAGUUUGUCGGUUUGAAUCACUCGGUGCUCACAAAUUUACAAUCGUUUACCUUUUAUAGUGUACGCUGAAUUUAACUGAAACUUAAAGUCAGUUAGGUGCAAUACUGACGGCCUCAACACACAGCAUGCUCUGGCAAAACAGCUUUUUAUUUUUCUGCACAUCAGUGUGUUGCAUCGUUGCAGUGCAACAACCCACAGCUUGACCUGAAACAUACUGAAGACUUCCAAGAGUUGCUGUGAAAUGCAAUGAAAUGUGUGGAUUUUUCUUUCAUGUGCUUUAAAAUGGGAUACUCUGAACAUCCGUACGUAAGCAUGGUUAAUUUAAGACUGACACUUUGGGCUCUUUCGGCGUUUUGACCACUCGUCAUCUAAGCCAAAUAUAUGAGAACGUGUUCAGGAAACAGUAGUCGCUGUAAAAUAUAAUUAUUAAAUCAGACUGUUUUCAGUUUGAACGUUACUGGCCGACUGUACAUCCACACUGCAGUGUUGUUUAGACUUUUAUCUUUUUCUUGCUUGUUUUUAUGAAUGUCAAUACUUUUUAUUUAUAAUUAUUAUUUGCCAAAAGCAAGUUAUCCAGUCAAACCAGCUGAACCUCCAUCAGGAGCAGCGUGACAUUAUUAACUUCAAAACAUCUGUUUAACCAGUGUAAAGACCAAAUACUCUGAUGUUGCAACAUGCUAAUGCUAAAACCUAGUAUUGACGUUUUUUUUCUUCUAUCUUUUUUCAUCCUUUCUGUAAAUACAGUGGUCUUCAUAAGAUCAAAAUUUGCUUUCACCGUGUGAUACAACUCUACCUUUUCUUCCAGGGCAGCUCCGUAAUGUUAUAUCUGGUAGUCAGUCUUCCGAAACACUCUAGAGAGAUGGAGAAAGAAAACAUUUUUUUUUUUGUUUGUUUGUUUGGUGAUGCAUCAGAAGGGCAUUGUUUAUUUUCGUGGAUGAAAUAUACGAUGCUUUACAGUAGCGUUUCUAAUUUGAGCAGAGUGGAUCUCUUCAUAACACGCUGUCCUCCAGCCAAACUAUGCUAAUUGUAAAUGCCACAGUAGCUCAACGCAGCCUGUUUACAUGUCUGUCAACAGUCUAUUGUAGGAUGCCAUCACAAAUAUAGUCACGCGCCAACCAUCAUUCACGGUGACUGCUUCUCAGCACGUGGUCUAUUUCUAGACCAGGUGUGACAUGAUACCUCUCACAACCGACCGACCUGUUUGGUUUCAGCAAAACAAGUGUGGAAAAUCACUUUCUGUGUCAUUUCUAAUGUAGAACAAAGUGCAUGUGUUACCGUCUCAUCCUACUAGAGAGCUGCUGCCGAAGCUGAGAGAAGCUUUUUGACACUUUUAUCAUCGUCAUUUGAAAUCCAGCAUUAAAAUUCAAUUCUAAGUUAAUUUAAUGCUGUUCUUAUUUGAAAUGAACAGACAGUUGUUAUCGUUAGAGAGAACGGAUGGAUUUUCCCAGCUGAUUGGCUGAGCAGUGGAAACACAUAAGCCAAAAUAAAUUAUUAAUGUACUCGAGAGGAACAGCACAUCACCCCUCGCUGGCUUCCCAAACACCGACAUGUGUUGCGACAUCCAGUUCAGCUCCUUCUCGUUCGCUGCUCAGUGGGUAUGGACCACAGCCUGGACAGAGUGUCCAUGAGUAUGACACUAAACAAGUGGGUAGAUGUGUCACUGAAGUGGGAGAGCACUUUGAGUAAUAAAAAAAGGGUCUACUUUACAUACUUUAAAGAACAUUUAUCAGUUUUUCCUUAUUUCUAUUAUUUUCUAUGUUGUAGAUGAGUACAGAAGACAUCAAAGCUAUGAAGGAGCACAUAUAAAAAUAUGUAGUAUGCAAAAUUAGACACUUUUUGUUGUUCCUUCAUAGUUUUAGUGUCUUCAGUAUGAAUCUCUGAUGUAGAAAAUAAUAAAAUAAAGAAAAAUAAAUCAUUGAAUGAGAAGGUGUGUCCAAACCUUUGACGGGUAAAACAUGUUACUGUCGCAGAGUUUUAUCAAGCAACAACAAUCACAGAACUAUGUUAAUUAUAACAAACAUAAAACACUUCCUGCAGCGUGUGUAAUAACUACAUGAUUAUGUUCAUGGUACUGCAGUAUCAAUGCUGUAUAUGCACGGUUAUUACCUUUUGACGUUUUGAGUUUUUGCUACAUUCUUCUGUAUUGUAUGAGACAAAAGCAUCUUCAGCUCGCAGCCCUUCCACAUUGGACCAAUAAAAACGUAUGGACCCCAAACAUUUUAAAAGAUCACAGUGAAGUAUUGCAUAUACAAAACGCUGGAACAUUUAUUUUGUGCACGCGAGCUCUAAUACAGGAUUCAUUCAAGCUCCUAGUGUCCGGCUGCAUCAGAAAUGAGUCUAUAAAUAUUCUAGUAACGCACACUUGGAUAUUUAUAGACUGUAGCCUGUUUUGUAGUGUGUGUCUCGGCAGCGUGUCUCUAAAUAAUGUUUUUGUUUUUUUUCCAAUCUUGACAUUGGGAUAACAAAGCAGCUGCACAUUGAGUAGUUUUAUUACCACCUUCUCUCCCAACUUUUUUUUUUUUUGGUCUAACUCAGAAAGUAUGUGCAGGUUACACAAGUUUACUGAGCUUCACAGCAGCUUGGCAUUAUACAUAUUUAUAUAUUGCGUAUCAAAUAAUAAAAUAGGUUUAGGUUUAGUGGAAAGUGCAUCAUUUCCUGUUUGACAGGUCCGUUCUGCUCUUCCAAAUGUCAGUUCAACAUCAAAGACCAGAUCAGCCUGUGAGCCUCUCAGGUAGAAAGAAGUAAAAAUUUAAAUUGCUUCCAGUCAUUUCAGAUGGAUGAGAUAUUGUACAAUCGUGUUACUCAACAUAGCAGAGAAUGCCUGAAAUGUAUCUAAUGUAAACAGAAAGCUGAAAUGCGAAACAUAGUCCUUUACUCUAGAUAUAGUGGACCAUAUCUGUAUGCUACAGUGGUUACAGUAAUAAAACACUUUAUAUUUACUGCUCUUUAAAGUUGUUUGCAUACAGUAGUAGUACGAGCUGCAUGAUUUCUGAGGCCUUAUGUCACAGUUUAAGUCAAAACUUAACUCUAUUAGAUGCUAUGCAUCAUGUUGCCUUACUGUACAUAAGAGUAUUUAUUGUUUAAAUUAUUUUUUAUUUAUUCUGUAUUUGCCUUAAUCCUGUUCCGGGGAUGUUUCUUUAUCAGUAUGAUCAUGUCUUUUCCUUUUUAUCUUGUUUUCAUUCAUCACACAGAAUAAUUGUAUGUAUUCAGUCAAAUGUGACGUGCAUUUAUUUGUAAUGAUACUAAAGCUUAUUAUAUAGCUUGUAUAUUUGUGUACAGUGUGUAUUUGUGUAUAUCUUUGGCAUCGACUCAUGAGGAAUCUUCACAUCACAAAGCAUGUUUAUUAUGAGGCACUGUAACCUGGAAUGUGUUGUCAGAAGAACAAGUAGACUUGUGCAGUAUUUAAUUAGAAUCAUUCAGUAAUAAAUUUAAACAUUUAACGAUCUUGUCAGUGUAGAACCACUGGCUAAACUCCGAUUUGUGAUUCGGUUUUCAAAUUGAAUAUAUGAUAAAUUCUUCACUGAGGUCAUUAAUGUCUCUUUUAAAUGCUAAAUUCUGCUUUUUUUCUGAUAAAACAAUUUCUCAUCAGAGAACUUUAAUCCUUCGUUCAUCUAAAAAGAUUGAAUCUAGUGAUACAUUGUUUUCAGUGGGUGCACAAUGACAAAAGUGAAUUCUGAUUUCAUAAGAUAUGAGUCAUUUAAUUAUUCUGUUGACACGCUUCUGACUAUUUCAAAGUAUUCAGCGAAGCUUGCGGGGCCUCAUGGGGUGGAAGUACUUCAAAUGAAGUGUUACUGAGAAGGGGUUAAUCUGCCUGGCACGGCUACGGCCGGGUCUGGAGUGUGAAAGAGAAGAUUAAACAGUCUGUUCAAACUCCUGCAUGUGCUGCCAGGGACCGAUGCCAGCUGUUGUUGGAGAGCCACCGUCCCGUACCCACGGACUCACCUUCACUCAGUCUGCUGUGCACUCCCGACGCAGUGUUACCAUACCACCCUCAGGAUGGGACUGUAACUUGUACUAUAUGUCACAACAACCCCGUAAAUCACACACCGAAAGUCUAUAGCUGAACAGUCAAUAUCAUAUAAUAAAUGCUCAGUAGUCUACAUAUACCGUAUGCCAUUGUACUGUAUUAUUUUGAAUAUAUUCAGAACUUUUCACUGUGUAUUCUCAAAUGUCUUCUGACCACUAUUUUUGUACAUCAUAAAUAACAAACAUAAUAAAAUGCCGUUUUCAAAACGCCCGACGUCGGCGAAUGCAGCAGAUGGUCGUCUAUUUUCCACCGACGCUAAACAGUUCACUUUAACUUUCAUAGUUCUGGUUGCAGUGACUCCGGAUGACAACACG